CCUAAUGGCUUCUCCUUCUUUCCUGCGCUCGCCGUUCCUGUCUUCUUCUUACUGAUUAGAAUCAUUUGCUCUGGUUUCCUCGGAUCUUAUCUCACAACUCAUACUUUUACAGAAAUCCGACAAGUUCUUUAUACAGUUACGGUUCAUUUGCUCGCGUGCUUCCGGAUUCUGAAUUUGGCGGCGAAGAAGAAAGAGAUGGGCUCACGGCAGGGACCACCGAAGCAUCAGAACAAAUUCGCCUGGGUACCUAAAGCCGGCGUGAAGAUCAACGAAACCGAAGUCGGCGGGAGAUUCAGACCACUUUCGGAGAUUACCGGAGUUUGCCAUCGCUGUCGCGAGCAGAUCGCUUGGAAACGCCGCUACGGCAAAUACAAAACACUUACCGAACCCACCAAAUGUCAGAAGUGUACGAAGCGUAAUGUUCGUCAAGCAUAUCAUAAGUUAUGCACUGGUUGUGCCAAGGAGCAAAAAAUGUGUGCAAAGUGUUGUUCUCGUGCUGAUCAAAUUAUCGGAAGAGAUAUUUACGAGGUAGAGGCUGAACAGAAGAUGCUUGAUGAGACUAUCAAGAAUGCUAGGGAAAGGGAUCGAAGGACGCUUUUACGUGCUAUGAACAAAGAUAACCAACCGAAAAAUUCAGAUGAAGCCGCGACAAGGAGCGAUAGCAGCAAGGUUGGUGAUGUGUUUCCCUCAACAUCCCUUGAAGAAUAUGCAAACAAGUCAGGAAGAGUUAGCGGGAUCGUUGGUCAUGGUAGUGUGCCUGGUCAUGGCCAUGUUGCUGAUGAUGAUGAUGAUGAUGAUGAUGAUGAUGAUGCUAGUGAACCUGAAUCAGAUGAGGAUCACAGCGGUGAUGAUGAACAUGAUGCACAUGAGUCAUCCCAACAGGAGAAGUAGACUCAUUUCGGUUGUACUUCUGUCAAUUUUUGAUAGUAUUGUGAGAUUUUGCCAAAAACUGAUUUAUGCUUGUUUUUCACAAACUUUACUACUUAUGUCACCUUACAAAUGCAAGACCAAGACCAGCGACAGAUAUUAUGUAGCAAACAGUUAUGGAAUGUAUAUGUUGGGCUGGGCUUAACGGGCCUAG